AAGGCCGCCCUGGGAAUUAGCCUCCUUUGCCUCCGUAUUUAAUUAGCUUAGACGUUAAUAAAAACGUUCGUAGGUGCAUCUGUGGGCUGGCAGCCAUCUUUACAGCUGUGGAGAAGACGCGUGCGGUAGCCCUCGCUGUUGUCGCUCCUCCUAGUGGCCGCAUCCAUUUUGCGUUGGUGGCGCAAUUUCAAGGUUGGGAGUAGUGUCUUCUUUAGGUUCGCAAAGCGCGGAGACCCCAUGGCCCCGCUGCGGGGAGGCCCCCGGCUGGUGCUGCUGUUCAGCGGGAAGAGGAAAUCCGGGAAGGACUUCGUGACCGAGGCGCUGCAGAGCAGACUGGGAGCUGAUAUCUGUGCUGUCCUCCGGCUCUCCAGUCCGCUCAAGGAGCAGUAUGCUCAGGAGCACGGAUUGAACUUCCAGAGACUCCUGGAUGCCAGCACCUACAAGGAGGCCUAUCGGAGGGACAUGAUCCUUUGGGGAGAGGAGAAGCGCCAGGCUGACCCAGGCUGCUUCUGCAGGAAAGUCGUGGCGGGCGUCUCCCAGCCGGUCUGGCUGGUGAGUGACACACGGAGGGUGUCUGACAUCCAGUGGUUCCGGGAGACCUAUGGGGCUGUGGUGCAGACCGUUCGUGUGGUGGCCUCGGAGCAGAGCCGACAGCAGCGGGGCUGGGUGUUCACACCAGGAGUGGAUGAUGUUGAGUCAGAAUGUGGCCUGGACAACUUUGGGGACUUCGACUGGGUCAUUGAGAACCAUGGAGAUAAGCAGCGCCUGGAGGAGCAGUUGGAGAACCUGACAGAGUUUGUCCACGCCAGACUUUAGUUGUCAGGCUCUAGGAGCACCAGAUGCUGCCGAGGCAAGGAUGGGAAUGACUGCUGGACAUGUGGUUGCGGGCCCUGGCCAAGGCAGGGAGCACACAGAGGGUCUGGGUCCAGAUUUCUGGGGAGCCAGCAGAUGUCAGGGAGGUCAAGAGACCUCCAGGACCUCAUUUCUCUGUGGACUGGACGGCUCUGCCUCUUAGGAGAAGGCUUAAAGGGCAAAGGGCUGUGAUUGAGGCAGAAACGCCGCCACCUGCAUUGGUGCCUGGCCUGUCCACCUGCCGUGGCCUUGCUCCCCCAUCAGGAUGCUUUUAGCUCUUAGUUCUGGGUAAGAAUGUGGACAUGAAUAAAUGUCUUUGGAACACAUGCUCAGAACUGGGUAU